AUGGAAGAAUCACCGGGCUCUAUGCCCCAAGCGAAUGAGGCAGGUCAUGGGUACAAAUUGGUGAGGAUGAGUGAGUCUGAGGUGUUUGUUGCGUUCGAGGAGGGUUCCGAAGCGCACCCAAAUAAUUGGGGUUUCCCUAAAAAGAUGUUCGUUGUCAUCACGGCAUUGUUCAACGUUCUAAAUAGCGGGAUAUCAUCUUCGCUUCCCAGCAACGCUGUCCCAUACAUUUCCAAGGAUUUCGAUAUCCAUAAUAGCCAGGAGAAAUCUCUCCCGACAUCUAUCUUCCUUAUCGGCUUCAUCAUUGGGCCUGUGAUAUGGAGUCCGUUGAGUGAGACUAUUGGGCGUCGGCCUGUUCUACUCUGGACUUUCACUGUCUUCUUUCUUGGGACCCUUGCCUGUGCUCUUGCCCCAAACUGGGGCGCUCUGUUAUUUUUCCGCUUAAUUUGUGGAACGAUGGGCGCUGCUCCCCAGACAGUCAUUGGCGGCGUUUACGCAGAUCUCUUCUUUGAUCUUCGUUCUCGUGGCCGAGCAAUGGCCUUCUACAUGUCGGCAGCAAGCUUCGGUCCCAUCCUUGGCCCAAUAAUCUCAGGUUUUGCUUCCUUGCACGGCUGGAGAUGGACAUUCUGGGUAUCUUUGAUAUUAGCAGGCACCUGCUGGAUUACUCUUCUUUUCAUACCUGAAACCUUCGCACCGGUGAUUCUGAAUAAUGAAACAAAACGAUUGAGACGAUUGAAAUUGAGAACAGUGUCGGGGAUCAGCCCCUCAUACUCCCACCAGGGAGCCGUGAAACAUGACUGGCUCGCAAUAUUUUCACGGCCACUUGCCAUGCUUGUCACUGAGCCAAUCGUCAUUUUUAGUUCGUUAUAUGUUUCUCUCGCAUACGGUCUGAACUUUUUCUUUUUCCAGGCCUUUCCUAUCAUAUUUGAAGGUUUAACCCCACCUCCUCCUCCCUCCUCUCCUUAA